UGAAACAUCUGGACACAGCGGCGCCGUUCUGUGAGGUAGAGGGCGCUGUUCUCAUCUUUCUGCCCGGUCUGGCCGACAUCCAGGAGCUGUAUGAGAUGCUGACCACACAGCGUCACUUUAGUGACCCCUCCAGGUACCAGAUCUUCGCCCUUCACUCCGUCCUGUCGUCCCAGGACCAAGGUCGCGUGUUUGAUGUCCCGCCUGCCGGCAUCAGGAAGGUUGUCAUAGCGACCAACAUCGCAGAGACGGGCAUCACAAUACCGGAUGUUGUCUACGUCAUCGACAGCGGCAAGGCCAAGGAAAAUAGAUACAUGGAGAACAGUCAGAUGAGUGCCCUGGAGGAAGUGUUUAUCUCCAAGGCCAACAGCAAACAGCGCGCGGGGCGUGCGGGGCGCGUGCGUGCAGGCUGCUGUUUCAGGCUGUACACACAGGCGCAGCACAGAGAGUUCCGCGCGUUCACCAGCCCCGAGUUGUUGAGGGUGCCGCUGGAGGAGCUGUGUCUGAGCAUUAUGAAAUGUGAGUACGGACACCCGCACGAGUUCCUCUCCCUGGCCUUGGACCCGCCCCAGAGCACGGCCAUCAGUCGCGCCAUGUCCGUACUGCGGGAGGUUGGAGCAUGUCACAGCGAUGGCAGCGCCCUGACGCCCCUGGGCCACCACCUGGCCGCCCUGCCCGUCGACGUGCGCAUCGGCAAGAUGCUCAUCCUGGCCGCCAUCUUUGGGUGCUUAGAUCAGAUAGCGGUGAUAGCUGCGGCCAUGACAGACAAGUCUCCCUUCGUCGUGCCGCUGAGCAAGAGGUCGGAGGCCGACUCGGCCAAACAGGCAAUGUCUGUGGCGAACUCGGACCACCUGACACUGUACAAGGCUUUCUCCGGUUGGAUCAAGGCUAGGGAGAAUGGCAAGUCGUCAGAGAAGUCUUACCUGAGUAAAAAUUUUCUGAAACGGUCGACCCUCAUGGAUAUAGAGAAUGUGAAAAAAGAUCUCAUCAAACUGAUCAGAACCAUCGGCUUUGACGACGUAGCCGGGGCUUCUUCUGCCUCGCGGCUUGGAGGAACAGAGCCGCAGUUGUCCGCCCACGGUGUUCUAAAAAUAGCGGAUCACGCACCCUCGGGAAAUGACCUUGACCCGUCCUCUAUGGCUAUGGUGAAGGCCGUGUUGACUGCGGGCCUUUAUCCUCAGGUGGGCUGUGUACUGACCACUCCGUCUGUGGAUGUGUCGGACAAGUCGACCUGCCUAGUGGAGACGUCUAGCGGCGUGGCCCAGGUACACCCGUCCUCCGUCAACAAAACGCUGGCGCUCACCGGAAGCUGGCUGGUCUAUCAGGAGAAGGUGCGUAUGUCACGUGUGUUCCUGCGCGACACGACGGUGGUGUCCCCGUACGCCCUGCUGCUCUUUGGUGGGGAGAUCACCGUACAACAUACACAGAGGCUGGUGUCUUUGGAUGGAUGGAUUAAGUACAGGGCUGUGGUGAAGACAGGCGUUAUCUUCAAGGAGGUUCGGAAAGCCUUGAACAACUUGCUGGAGAGGAAGCUGAAGGACCCCACCCUCAACAUGGCAG